GUGAUGCGGCCUACAUACAAUUCUCUCCAAUAUUAGCUAAUAGUUAGUUUAGAUCAGUAAAUGUCUCAGUUCAUGUGGCCGGCCACCCACGUUUUCUUUUUUUCUAAAAGGUUUGCAUACAGAGCCGGUCCUGACCUGAUCACACACACACACAUCAAGUUUUUAUUCACAGCUCCAGACCCACUGAAACACUAAAAUAUCCUCCUGCACCAUGUCGUAUCUCAGCAUCGUUUUACAGCUAACAGUUUUAGGGACGCUCCAACAGGAAUCGACAGCUCUGAAGAGACUUUUGGACUGUUGGACGGACUAAACAAGACAUUUAAAGACGUCACCUUAGACUCUGACAGACUGUGCUGCACAUGUUUCACUGUUUCCUGAUGUUUCCCUUCCUCACUGAUUGAUUCCAUGAAUAACAGAACGGACAGGUUCAUCAACUAUUAAUAUAACGGUUAGUUGCAGUGGUAGUUCAGUCUGCUCUGAACGACUCUCUGCUGAGGUCAACACAUUUAACAGGAAAUGAUAAGAACACUCUGACAGCAUUAAUCUGACAGCAGCAUCUCAGCCUGCCCUGGUUGUCACGGUAACAGAAAACCACAGUGCUAUAAUUAGUAAUCUGUCAACAGCUUCUUAUCAACACAUCAGUUCCUCAGACACGCAGGUCAGAGGAGGAUAAAUAUCAUGUGUAAAACUAAAGAAGAGUAAAUGAUGAGUGAAGCUGCAGCUCUUCCAGUGAGGACAGCACACACAGAGCAGAGAGACGGUCUACCUGGACAUCAUGGAUCACCUGUUGGUGCUGCUGCUGCUGCUGCUGUGGAACUCAGGACUCCAGGCUGAAGAAAAUCACAACUCAACAGAGCCUGAUGAUGUCAGGUUGGUGGGAGGAGACAGUCGCUGUGCAGGAACACUGGAGGUGAAACAUCAGAGAGACUGGAGACCAGUGGAGGGCCGUUACUCUGGCUGGACCCUGAAGGAAGCAGCUGCUGUCUGCAGAGACUUGGACUGUGGCUCUGCUGUUUCUGUAGAACAGAGAGAGGGGUCCUCACGGAGAUCUGUGUGGUGGAUCAGGUCUGACUGUGUUCAGUCUGGAUCUGCUCUGAGGGAGUGUGCAAUAUCAGUUUCCUCUGUCUCCAUCCUGAAUCUCACCUGCUCAGACUCUGUCAGGCUGGUGAAUGGGACUAGUCUGUGCUCAGGCAGACUGGAGGUGAAGACUAACCACUCUAACCAGUGGUGGUCCUCAGUGUGUGACGCUGACUUUGACCAGCAGGAUGCAGAGGUGGUCUGUAGGCAGCUUGGCUGUGGGGCUCCUUCAGUCCUCCAGGGGGCGCUCUAUGGAGACGUGGAGGCUUCAAUGUGGACCAAAGAGUUCCAGUGUGGAGGAACUGAGUCUGCUCUCCUGGACUGUAGAAGCUCAGGCUCAGAUAGAAACACCUGCUCACCUGGCAAAGCUGUUGGACUCACCUGCUCAGAGCCUGUCAGGUUGGUGGGAGGAGACAGUCGCUGUGGAGGAACACUGGAGGUGAAACAUCAGGGAGACUGGAGACCAGUGAGUGACUCUUACUGGACCCUGAAGAAAGCAGCUGCUGUCUGCAGAGACUUGGACUGUGGCUCUGCUGUUUCUGUAAAAGAGAGAGAGGAGUCCUCACGGAGAUCUGUGUGGAGGAUCAGCUCUUACUGUGUUCAGUCUGGAUCUGCUCUGAGGGAGUGUGUAACAUCAUAUUCCUCUAAGUCCAUCCUGAAUCUCACCUGCUCAGACCUGCUGCUUCAGCCCAACAUCUCUGGGUCCUCCUCCGUGGACCGGGUCUCCGAGGCCCAGCAGCAGGGGUUUCACGUGCUCAGGGGCUCCACCUUCACCAUCAGCUGCUCCGUCCAGCCACAGUACCCAGGAGGCUCCUUCCAGCUCACCUUCACCUCCUCCACCUCAGCACUCAAGUACACCCAGCCAGCUGUCAAUCACUCCGCCCACUUCCUGUUUCCUGCUGCAGAGCCCGCCCACCAAGGAAGCUACAGAUGUGUUUAUCACGUCUAUGUUUUUUCUCACGACUUCUUCUCUGAGAGCCGUCUGAUCUCUCUCACCGUCGCAGAUCUAAGGCCUUUCAUCAUCAGAGCCAUCGUCCUGCCGCUGAUUCUGCUGUUGGAGAACAUUGGCCUUUACUUCUACUAUAAGGGCAAGAGGGGGCAGAGGCCGAGCAGACGGGAGAAGGCUGAGCCGGAUUAUUAUAACCUGGGUGUUCCUGCAGCUGAAGAGGAAGGAGCUCAGGGAGCAGAGUAGCACCUCCAAGGAGCUCAUCUCACAUCCAGAUGGAUUUAUAACACAACCCAGCAGCAGCUCAUUUUAGACGCAUGUUCCCUUUAAACAAGAAGGCUGCUUCUAUUCUAUUACAUCAUAUACUAUAUCUGUUUCACUCUCAACAUGAAAACCAACAAUGUGUUAGUCUCUUGUAGCCCAUUGGUUCCUCCUGAAGAUGUAAAUCUCUAAAAACACCUCACAAACAUAAAGUGUCAUUGAAAACUAGACUUGAAAGCAGGAAUACCGGAGUCCGACCCAGGCCGAUCGGGAACAGUGCUUUAUAUUAAAUUAAGAUAAAUGUAGAACAUUGAUAUAUAUCCUCUAAAGUCUGUAUUACCUGUCAAAUCUGAAGACAAUUGAAGAAUGAAAUCCUGAGAUCAGAGUAAAAACAUGUUGGAUCUGUAGAUCUGGAGCACAUCCAGGGUUGGUGAAGCACAUCUGCUGCCACGUUGACAAUCUGUUGGUGUUUGUGAUUCAAAAAUAUCUAUAAUGAAUGAAUCAAAGUCAUGUAGCCAGCAAACACAGUAGAGUAUUAAAAACCAGAGGCUGUUUUCACACCAGUUUCAUCUGGUUAGUGACACAUGAACUUUAUGAGCUCACUUUAGCGCCCCCUUGUGGUUCACAUGGCUCAUUUAUUGUUGUGAGCAGGACCACAUUUAGCU